AUUUAUAAAAAUGGCUGCGCCCUUAGGCUUAUGUCGAUUUCGGUCCCAUUCACCCACUUUAGGUUGCCUUACUUUAAGUAAACGACUUUUCCAAUUUUUUACUUUGAAACAGCAAAAGAAGAAGUCUUCCAAAAACUUGGAUAUUGAAUUUGAUAACUUUUCCGAUUUGACAACACAAACUACAGUGUACAAGACUCGGAGCAACGCACGGCACGAUGAAUUAGAUCUACUUAGUCAUGUCAGUGGUCAUCAAGGGAUUGAAGGCAGUAUUGGUCUAAAAAAGCUCAAAAGUCGAAAUACAGUUUCAAAUGAUGAGACUUCAAAAGGUAAAAUUAAAAUAAUGCUUUAGCUUCAUCACAUAUAUGAAAUAAAGUGAGAGAUGCAGAGGGCACUAUCACUACUGUAGCACUUACUCACUAGUAUCAUAACUUUACUAGUUAUGUAUUUUUAGUAAAGUUAAAAGUAGGGUAGUGUAGUGGUGGGAAUGGCUUUGACAUGAACCGUGUUACACCUUAUUCUAAGUGGGGUUAAACCAAAUGGACAGUUGCAAAUUUGACAGAUCUUGAUUGCAUCCUUUUUAUAGAAUAUAGUUAAAUACAAGAGUAUGGACUAAGGCUAGGGUGUCAUCAAAGUAGACUUGCAGUAUCAGUAGAUUAGUAGACUGUCACCAAAAUCAAAGCAUUGGGCCACCAGAACUUGAUGACACCGGACAAGCCAGGGGCCCAUGAGAGAAAGUUCUCACAAGAUCAGGUACCCAUCAGACUCAGAGCAUACAGACUCUGACAGACUACUUGAGUGUGACUAUGCUAUGAGUUAAAUAGUAGGCAGAGAAGUACAAAGGUGUGGCAAAACAUAGCAUGUUCCAUGGACAUAAUUUGAAGAGGGUGCAAAAUCGACAAGCCAUGGUCAAAGAAUAUUUUAACCCAAAAAAAUAUAUAUAUUUUUUGGUUAUAAUUUUAUUUACCUCUAUGAAUUUAGCUAAAAAAAACUGCACACUAAUCUGCUUACUCUGCCAUCCUUGUAUGGAAGAUUCUAAGCUUCAAAGGGGCUCAAUUUAAGUUCUUGUUGUGGGCACCAAAUGUCCUUUUUAAUUUGAUUGUCACUAUACAUUACAGGAUAGUUCAUGCCAUGUGUAAUAUAAUAUUCAUACAAUAGAAUAGAAUGCAAGUUAAAUAGGCUUAAAGUUAAUUUUUAUUAUUACUAAAUUUUUUUUAAGAUUCGAGUAACAUCACUUCUUCUUCUUUCGAUACCAAAACAGCAACUAUGUUUAAAAAUCAUGAGACCAGCCACGUUUUUUCAUCUACUGUGACAUGUUGUCUAUACAGAGAGCUCUUCUGUUGUCGUCAUUGAGAUGCUCUUCUAAAAGAAAAUGUUAACUUCAGGAUGACAUCAACUCAUUGAUAAACCAUUCAUUUAUUUGCAAUUCGUUAUUUCACUUGACAUAAAAUUGAAAAUAUUACUAACUAAUUAUCGAAAUAUACUUGUAUUUUGUUAUACCGACGACAUGGGUACGUUAUAGUGGUAUCUGAAAGGAGAGAUAACAUUUUAAUACUUAAAAACCUCAAAAUAUCACUGCCUCUAUUUAACUACUCUAAAAUAAGAUUUGACCAAUGAAAGUACUAUUGAACUGUGCAACUUCUUAAACUGGGGUGUGCCUGGCUGUUAUUGGUUGUACAUCAAGUGUAUUGGCUUUUAUUUCUGUUCCUAUGUAGAAAAAAAAAGCAGUAGUGGAUAAUUAAGGGAAUAAAAUAACAAUCUGCCAUGCAGUGAGGUUUAAUGAGGUUCUGAGUCUUAGGCAGUUACAAUGUAACAAAAGCUGGCAUAGAGCUAACUUAACAAUAUGCAUAACUUACACAAAAAGCUUACUGGCUUACUUUUCUUGAGUUAAAGAUUAAUUAGGUAACUGGGCUAAACAACCAUUAACCCAACUGUCAUUCUGCUGUCACCUGUGUGGUAAAGAUGUAACUCCAACUAUGGAAUAAAUAUGUCAUCUUUUUCUAAUUAAAUUAAAAUAAUUAUGCAAAGUCAAAUCAGGUCUAAUAAUUUGUCACUUUCUUCCACAUUUCAGCGAAUCCGUCAAGGGCUCCCCCUUUCAAACAAGUACUACACAGAAGAUACCAAGAAGCACAACGUAGCGUUAUUGUAAGGUCUCAAGAUCCUGACAGCACAUGUCAUUCUCUGACGCAGUUUGGUGGAAUCAACCAUGUUCAAUUCGUCAUGCCGGAAAAGGUGAAACUCAUGAACCACUUAAGAUUUAAGAGUCAAGCAACCCAGGCUAAGUUUUGCCACAUGUUUAGGUAUCUGAGAGUUUUCUGCUGAUUUAUCCACCCACCAGUUAUCUAUUCCUCAAGUCUUAGCCACUACUCCAUACUUGGUUGCGACGUAUCAGUCUUCCUUAAGACAUAUCAGUCUUCCUCGAGGCCUAUCAGUCUUCUUGACAAAUAUCAGUCUUCCUCGAGACAUAUCAGUCUCCUUGAAACAUAUCAGGCUUCCUUGAGACAUACCAGUCUUCUUUGAGACAUAUCAGCCUUCCUUGAGACAUAUCAGCCUUCCUUGAGGAAUUCUUCAAAAUCUUUAUUAUUUUCUUUCUAUCCUGUCAUCCAGUAUUUUACGGUUUCUUAUCAAUUGACCCAAAGUGUGAAAAAAAUAAAUAUCGUUUGGGUAUGCAAUGUUUAAAAGAAAAAAGAACACUUCCAUUACCUUUAGUUGAAUAAAUUGUUGGCCAAGUUAUUGUCAUGAAUGACAUUAUUUCAAAUUGGAACUCAGUUUUUAAAAUCUAACCUGGUUGGCAAUAUUUUUUGAAGAUGUUGCUAUUCAUAACGAUGGCGAAGUAAAUAUUAGGUUUGGGCCACUAAACUUCUCUUGUCAUCUUACUUAUCUAAUCUUAGCUCACACUUGGAAAGAUGGAGGAGGGAGCAUCAGUCAGCACUUAUUUUGUCACUGUCUCUUAAAUUUGGAACCUUAGACAGUGGAAGAAGAACUGUACUGGAAUCUAUUUCUAAUGUACCAGUAUCUAUUUCUGAUGAGUGUUCUAGUAUAGCGUAUGGCUUGGCAUACUUUUUCACUUAAACAUAGAGCUAUUUUUAGCCACUACCUCUUCUGUCCAUUAGUAUGGGUUUGAUAUUGACGUCACAGAGUUAAAUGCUGUGUCCUCUCCUUACCAACCCUGCCCCCUUGGUUGGGAAAAGGUUGUUUAUAUUCGAAUGCAUUCUAUUUGUUCUGAAGAAUGCCAUUAGAUGAUGCAAUUUCUAGAAUUUCUUUACUAGAUGGUUCUUAUUAAUCCCUAUAUACAGGCAGAUAGGUUUGUUAGCAGAGACAGAGCGAGAGAGAGAUAUUUGCUAUAUUUCACAACAUAUGCAAGAAAUUGUAUAAUUGUGUGUGUGAAUUAAUCUUUGUAUUUUUGAGGAGUGUACCUUUUCCUUGCUGUACUGUACUGUAAGUUGAUAGAGUUUUUUUGUAUUCAAAUUUGAAUUCAAUUAGAAAUUUAAUAGUAAGAUUAAAUUGAAUAUUUUCAGCAUUACUAGCUUUUGUGUCGUUUUCUUUGCAUACUGUUUUUUCAGUCAUUUCUUAUGUAUAGUUUAUUCUAUGAGCCAAAUGUUAACACUGAUUAAAUUUUCAAAAUCAACAGUACGUAAAAAUGAGGUCUCAAGUAAUUUUUUUUAAAAUGUUUGCUAGUUUUAAAAAGGAGUAGAAGAUAAUAAUGUGAAUAAUUUAAUCAUGUGAAUAAUUUAAUCAUGUGAAUAAUUUAAUUAUGUGAAUAAUUUAAUCAUAUGAAUAAUUUAAUUAUGUGAAUAAUUUAUAACAAAUCUUUUUAUUCCCUCAGAAUUUUCUCCUAGUUGAAUUUAUCAAUGAAAGCAGUUUAGUUAAACUUCAGAGAAAUUCAAAGUUUUUCAAUGAAAUCAAUCAGUUUCCAUUGAAAUCCAGAAUUUUAUGUGACACAAAGUCCUUCGUUAAUCACGGCAAGAAAAAGUUUCCAUCGGCUCCAAAGAUGUCUGAAGGAAACUGGUUGAACAAAUCAUCUGAUCACUAUCCUUUAAUGAAUACUGUAAGUUUUUUUUUACCUUUUAAAUUCAAUAUGUUUGGAAUGUGCUCACUAAUUAUAAAUACCUUUAUGCAUUAUCUUGACUUGCUUACCUGUCAUGUUUUUAAAAUAACGGUUCAUUGUCCUAUCUCAUUCCUCCUGCUGUUUUCUCGGAUUCUACAUUGCAGCUAAGUGAUUAUUUCUAUAUUGUUUUUACUUUUGUUUGUUUGUUGAAAGAGGCUUCUUGCAGACACAUUCCUUUGUUUCGCUUAUUUCCUUCUAACAGCGUAUUGACAGUAAUAAACAGAAGAUAAGCUGAAAAUUGUUUUAAGAUAAGGUAAAGCAUAUUGAAAAAAUAUUUUUCACAUUAAAAUUGUAUGCAUCUCUUCUUUUGACAGUUUGAUGAGGAAUUGGAGGCUCUCUGUGCCCGCAAGUCACUGGAUGACUGCGACCUUCGCUUGAGGUUUUUCACUUGCAUGAUGAUAGAAGAUAUUAUAAAGUCUAUUCUGCCGGACUCAAGAGUUGUGCCAUAUGGUUCGUGUAUGAACGGCUUCGGCUGGUGGAGUAGUGAUCUGGACAUGAUGUUGUGUUUCAACAGUGACCUCCACACAUCAGUGAGUAUUCCUAAUCGGUUCAGAUCUUGACAGGUUUAUUCACCAUCGGCCAUUUAAAGAUGUAUUUUAUUGUUAUAUGAAGACUCACGCUCAAGUGAAAACAGGAUGUCCUGGUUGAUUUGCCGUUCCAAGUUUUCAGAGGGAUAUGCCAUGGAUAGGGUAACUGCUUUUAUGGGGCAUCAUGCAAAGGAAGUUAGGAAACAGUGUUUAAUGAUUCAUUUCAAACCUAGUCAUAGAAAUGAUGAUUUUAAAGGAAUUAUUCAAACUAAGUCAUAGAAAUGAUGAUUUUAAAGGAAUUAUUCAAACUAAGUCAUAGAAAUUAUGAUUUUAAAGGAAUGGUUCAAACUAAGUCAUAGAAAUGAUGAUUUUAAAGGAAUUAUUCAAACUAAGUCAUAGAAAUGAUGAUUUUAAAGGAAUUAUUCAAACUAAGUCAUAGAAAUGAUGAUUUUAAAGGAAUUAUUCAAACUAAGUCAUAGAAAUGAUGAUUUUAAAGGAAUGGUUCAAAAUUAGUCAGAGAAAUGAUGAUUUUAAAGGAAUUAUUCAAACUAAGUCAUAGAAAUGAUGAUUUUAAAGGAAUUAUUCAAACUAAGUCAUAGAAAUGAUGAUUUUAAAGGAAUUAUUCAAACUAAGUCAUAGAAAUGAUGAUUUUAAAGGAAUGGUUCAAAAUUAGUCAGAGAAAUGAUGAUUUUAAAGGAAUUAUUCAAACUAAGUCAUAGAAAUGAUGAUUUUAAAGGAAUUAUUCAAACUAAGUCAUAGAAAUGAUGAUUUUAAAGGAAUUAUUCAAACUAAGUCAUAGAAAUGAUGAUUUUAAAGGAAUGGUUCAAAAUUAGUCAGAGAAAUGAUGAUUUUAAAGGAAUGGUUCAAACUAAGUCAUAGAAAUGAUGCUCAUAAAUGAAAGAUUCAAACUACAUCAUAGAAAUAAUGCUCUUAGGUUUUUGGUAGAUUGUGGGGUCCUGGUAUCCACUGUAAGGUUAGCUUGACUGCAAAAGUUUUUGAUAGAUUGUGGUGUCCUGGUAUCCAUUGCCAGGUUAGCUUGACUGCAUAGGUUUUUGGUACAUUGUGGUGUCCUGGUAUCCAUCGUCAGGUUAACUUGACUGCAUAGGUUCUUGGUACAUUGAUUUUACCGUUGUUGUUCUUGUGAGAUGUUCAGCUGCCUGAAGUAUUGAUUUGUAGUCAGAGAAGACACUAGGAUUAGUUCAUAUCAUCUUUUGUCCUGUCUAUUAAUUCAAGAUUAAUUUUAUCAAAACUACUAAAAUGAUGGAAUAACUUGGUAUACCAGUUUCUAGUUUACUAGUUUGUUUGGAUGCCAAUGAUAUAAGAUGGCUUAGUGGUCUGGCCUGACUCCAUGUUUGUAAAGAUAGCGAAAAUGUAAUAAAUAGACGUUUGAAAAAGAGAGAAUAUUUAAAAAUGGUGGUCCGCCAACAGACACCAGUCCUCCAACUGACACCAGUCCACCAACAGACACCAGUCCACCAACAGACACCAGUCCACCAACUGACACCAGUCCACCAGCAGACACCAGUCCGCCAACAGACACCAGUCCAUCAGCAGACACCAGUCUACCAACAGACACCAGUCUACCAACAGACACCAGUCCACCAACAGACACCAGUCCACCAACAGACACCAGUCCACCAACUGACACCUGUCCACCAACUGACACCAGUCCACCAACUGACACCAGUCCACCAACUGACACCAGUCCACCAACAGACACCAGUCCACCAACAGACACCAGUCCACCAACCUUACAUUGCCAAUCACAAAAAAAAUCAAUAAAAUUGAAAAUGUAGUUAAUAAAUCUGGCACUGGACCCUGGUUCAUUUUCUGACUUUGUCCAUAGGUCCGCCUAACUUAAAAAGUUUAGGAAAUGCUGGCUUAGAUUAUACUGCUCUAGUUAGCCAGAUAAAUUAUCCCUUACAAUUGAUUUAAUUACAUCAAUCGUCAAUUCUUUUUUUUUUUCUUUUUUUUUUUACAGAGCAAAUCUAGCAAAUCACCAGGGGGAAACUCAACCUCUCAGUUUAAGUUUAUGACAGAGACAUUCGCAUCUGAUAGACAUUUGGCACAAAGAACAUUAGCCAUGGUGUCGGCACUGCUGGAGCUCAGUCCACGGAUGCACAACAUGUUCAAAAUACUCGGUGCCAGAGUUCCAAUCAUUCGUUUCAAGCAUGGAGCUGUAGACUUACUCUGUGAUAUCAGCAUUCACCAAAUGUAAGUUUGAAACUUUUGUCAUGAGGCGUCGACACGACAAGACAGAGGCAUUGUUGUUGUAUUCAUGAUGAGAGAGCAAAAGCAAGGGUCAAGCGUUGUUGUCAUCUUUACAUUUUAAUUUGCCUAAAACUUUGGGUUUAAAAUUGAGUUUUUGUUCAAGGACCUAGUUGUUUCACUGAUUGGGUUUAACAUUGAGUCUUUGUUCAAGGACCUAGUUGUUUCACUGAUUGGGUUUAACAUUGAGUUUUUGUUCAAGGACCUAGUUGUUUCACUGAUUGGGUUUAACAUUGAGUUUUUGUUCAAGGACCUAGUUGUUUCACUGAUUGGGUUUAACAUUGAGUCUUUGUUCAAGGACCUAGUUGUUUCACUGAUUGGGUAUAACAUUGAGUCUUUGUUCAAGGACCUAGUUGUUUCUCUGAUUGGGUUUAACAUUGAGUCUUUGUUCAAGGACCUAGUUGUUUCACUGAUUGGGUUUAACAUUGAGUCUUUGUUCAAGGACCUAGUUGUUUCACUGAUUGGGUUUAACAUUGAGUCUUUGUUCAAGGACCUAGUUGUUUCACUGAUUGGGUUUAACAUUGAGUUUUUGUUCAAGGACCUAGUUGUUUCACUGAUUGGGUUUAACAUUGAGUUUUUGUUCAAGGACCUAGUUGUUUCACUGAUUGGGUUUAACAUUGAGUCUUUGUUCAAGGACCUAGUUGUUUCACUGAUUGGGUUAACAUUGAGUCUUUGUUCAAGGACCUAUUUGUUUCACUGAUUGGGUUUAACAUUGAGUUUUUGUUCGAGGACCUAGUUGUUUCACUGAUUGGGUUUAAUAUUGAGUUUUUGUUCAAGGACCUAUUUGUUUCACUGAUUGGGUUUAACAUUGAGUCUUUGUUCAAGGACCUAGUUGUUUCACUGAUUGGGUUAACAUUGAGUCUUUGUUCAAGGACCUAUUUGUUUCACUGAUUGGGUUUAACAUUGAGUUUUUGUUCAAGGACCUAUUUGUUUCACUGAUUGGGUUUACCGCAAACACUUUCUUCGAUUGCUUCAAAAAACAAAUGGCAAAAUUUAUUGCCUUUUUUUUUUUUUUUUGGUUUAUUUUAACAUGUCAAAUUGCAGAAAAAGCAAGUUAGAAAAAAAAAUGCCAGGGUUUAGAGAAGUAAAUGAAUGGGAUAGAAGCCAGGGUUUAAAGAAGUAAAUUUGAUGGAUGCCAGGGUUAAGAGAAUUAAAUGUGACAGAUGCCAGGGUUUCGAGAAUUAAUUGUGAUAGAUGCCAGGGUUUAGAGAGUAAAUGUAAUAGAUCCCUGGGUUUAGAGAAGUAAAUGUGAUCAAUGCAAGGGUUUAGAGCAGUAAAUGUGAUCAAUGCAAGGGUUUAGAGAAUUAAAUGUGAGAGAUGCCAUGGUUUAAAGAAAGUAAAUGUGAUAGAUGCCAGGGUUUUGAGCAGUAAAUGUGAUCAAUGCAAGGGUUUAGAGAAGUAAAUGUGACAGAUGCUCGGGUUUAAAGAAAGUAAAUGUGAUCAAUGCCAGGGUUUAAAGAAAGUAAAUGUGACAGAUGCCAGGGUUUAAAGAAAGUAAAUGUGAUUGAUGCCAUUGUUUCGAGAAUUAAUUGUGAUAGAUGCCAGGGUUUAGAGAAGUAAAUGUGACAGAUGCCAGGGUUUAAAGAAAGUAAAUGUGAUAGAUGCCAGGGUUUAGAGAGCAAAUGUAAUAGAUCCCUGGGUUUAGAGAAGUAAAUGUGACAGCUGCCAGGGUUUAAAGAAAGUAAGUGUGAUAGAUGCCUGGGCUUUGAGCAGUAAAUGUGAUCGAUGCCAGGGUUUAAAGAAAGUAAAUGUGAUAGAUGCCAUUGUUUCGAGAAUUAAUUGUGAUAGAUGCCAGGGUUUAGAGAAGUAAAUGCUAUAGAUGCCAAGGUUUAGAGAAUUAAAUGUGAUAGAUGCCAGGGUUUAGAGAAUUAAAUGUGAUAGAUGCCAGGGUUUAGAUAAGUAAAUGCUAUAGAUGCCAGGGUUUAGAGAAGUAAAUGUUAAAGAUGCCAGAGUUUAAAGAUAUUAAAUGUGCUAGAUGCCAGGGUUUAGAAAAGUAAGUAUCAUUUGAGAAAACAGGCAUUACCUUUAUGAAAUAUUUAUCUACCAAUUUCAGAACUGCUUCAUAAUUCUUUGAACCACAUACAUUUCUCUAUUCAGAGACAGCAUAAAGAUGACAGAGCUGUUGUAUCUCCUGUCAGUGUCCGAUCCUCGUGUUAGGCCACUGAUGUGUGCCAUCAAACAGUGGGCCAUCUGCCAUGAUCUGACCUCCAGCGGAGAGCAGCAGAAGCCCACCACCAUUGGUCUCCUAACAAUGCUGAUAUUUUACCUCCAGACUCUACCUUCACCUGUGGUGCCCACAUUCAGACAGCUGCAAGCCCUGGCCGGUUUGUUUAGAUUUACUUAGUUUUAUUUUUAUUUUUUUUACAUCUUUGCAUUAUGCCAACACUGAUAUUGAUAAUGUAGCAUUUACAAUGGGGCAAAAGUGGCUCUCAACGUAUAAUCCAAGACUUUCUUUAAGCCAGAGUUACUUAAAACAUUGACCACAUGGGUUUUAUAAUCUAAUUCCUUCUUCAACACAAAGUUACAUGUAACAUUGACAAAACAUUGACCACAUAGAGUUUUAUAAUCUAAUUCUUUCUUCAACCCAAAGCUACUUAAAACACUGACCACAUAUGGUUUUACAUAAAGGAAAUGAAAAUUUAAUUACAGAAAAGCUUGGGAAUAUUGUUCUGUCAACAUCAAGCUAUAAAUAGCUAUAUGGAUGAGGUGAAGAGAACGAUUUUCAGUCUUUUCACACAAUCCCUUGGAAAAAGCUGUUGUAUUUAACUUUUUUAAAUAGAAACUCUUCAGAACUGAUAGCCACUUCGGACGCUUUAAAAUCACACCAUAAAAUUGUUUUAAAAUAUUUAAGAAACAGCAAUAUUUUGGCUCCCUUUACCUCCGAAAAUUCUUCUUCCUCAUCAAUAAUUUGUCUUAAGGUACUUAAUAUUUGAGUAUCAUAAGUCCGGGUAAAUCAAGCUGAAAUCAAAUAAUCACAUAUCCCUUUAUGAAUAACUUGGGUUGAUACUCCCUCUGGGCCUAAAACUGUUGUUGACAUUCACUCUAGGCCCAAAACUAUGGUUGACACUCCCUCUGGUCCUGAAACUGUUUGACACUCCCUCUGGUCCUGAAACUGUUUGACACUCGCACUGGGCCUAAAACUAUGGUUGACACUCCCUCUGGUCCUGAAACUGUUUGACACUCCCUCUGGGACUAAAACUAUGGUUGACACUCGCGCUGGGCCUAAAACUAUGGUUGACACUCGCGCUGGGCCUAAAACUAUGGUUGACACUCCCUCUGGGCCUAAAACUAUGGUUGACACUCCCUCUGGGCCUAAAACUAUGGUUGACACUCCCUCUGGGCCUAAAACUAUGGUUGACACUCCCUCUGGGCCUAAAACUAUGGUUGACACUCCCACUGGGCCUAAAACUAUGGUUGACACUCCCACUGGGCCUAAAACUAUGGUUGACACUCCCACUGGGCCUAAAACUAUGGUUGACACUCCCACUGGGCCUAAAACUAUGGUUGACAUUCCCUCUGGGCCUAAAACUAUGGUUGACACUCGCGCUGGGCCUAAAACUAUGGUUGACACUCGCGCUGGGCAUAAAACUAUGGUUGACACUCGCACUGGGCCUAAAACUAUGGUUGACACUCGCGCUGGGCCUAAAACUAUGGUUGACACUCGCACUGGGCCUAAAACUGGAGUAAACAAACCCUCUGGGCCAAAUGCUAGUGCUUAGAUUGUUGUGCUGGAGGACACAGCAUCUAGAAUGAUCUCAGCUUAUUUCAGUUCCUACCAAAUAUUAAACCUGCUGUUCCUGCACAAAGUUCCAUAGUACCCAACUGGUGUAAACAUUAGUGUGAGAUUUAAUAAUUACUUUAAAUUAAGAAAUCGACAAAACAGAUUUGUUGGACACAGGGUCAAAGUGGUUAUAUAAUCGUAUAAGUUUUAUGCUGUAGCCAUUUGAGAAACACGUAUGUCUUCAGGCCAUAUGUUAUUCAUUUUUAUCUGGUUAUCUGUUAUGAGAAGACACACAACUUGAUGAAGUCUCAAUACAUGUUUUUACGCAUCAAGAGUACCAACAUAAAAAUUUGUGGUUACGCAUCAAGAGUACCAACAUACAAAUAUAUUGUUACGCAUCUUGAACAUUGAUACAUCAUCAUAGGUUAAUUGUUGGACCACUGGUAAUUCUGUGAAUUUAUAUCAAGUGAUACCUAUCAGAUUGAUGUGUUCUCUGUGUUCACUUCACCCAACAGGUCAUUCUGACACUUUCUGUAUAGACAACAUUACGUUUGGUCUGCCUAGCAAUCCAGCUCUAAUCCCCAAGUCCAAUAAUAAACAGUCAUUGGGUAUGUAUGUGCAUAUAAUCAUUUCAUUUGUAAGUGUGCCUAGUCAUUGGAUGUGUAUGUGCAUAUAAUCAUUUCAUUAGUAAGUGUGCCUAGUCAUUGGAUAUGUAUGUGCAAAUAAUCAUUUCAUUUUUAAGUGCACCAGUCUUUGGGUACCGGUAUGUAUGUGCACCUAAUCAUUAUAUUGGUAAGUGCACCUUAUCAUAAGGUAUGUAGCUCACCUAAAUUUUUCAAUUAUAAGUGCACUAGUCUUUGAGUAUGCAUGUAUCAUAACAUAUGGAUGUGUACUGAUCAUUAUGAUCCUGCAUGCAAAUUAUCAUCAGCUAUGUAGACCUUAUUGUUAGCAAUGUAUGUAAAUCUAAACAGCUUGUUAACUAUGUAUUAAAUUAUUUAUUUAUAAUCAUGAAAAAUUUAGAAAGAAGAUGGUGCUUAAUUUUUAAUGUGCUAGGCUUGAAGAUUCAUAAUUUGAAUUGUUAGGGCUGAAACUACUGUGAAUUUUAGAAUACAUUUCAUGUUGACAUAGAAGUAGAAUUAGAAGUGGAAAUACAUUUAUUUCACAAUUCAUGAUGAAGUGUAAUGAUAAUUAUAUAUUAUCCCUACAUGUUGCACCCACAUGAGCCUGCAACAGGGAUGUAAAUCAUGUAAAGAUCAUGGCAUCAUCUUCUUCUUCUGUAUAUUUAGGGCCCAUGAUCAAUGUAUUGAUCAUUCUGGCUCCUAUGUAUGCAGAGGGGAUUUGCAAUGUUUCUGCGCCUUGUAUUUAACGGAUAUUUCACUGGUUGCAAGGGCCACUCAGCAAGGGUUACAUGAACUAGGGGUUGGAAGGCCUGAGACAAUAGAUGCGAAUGUGCCAAGUGUUGUCGAAUGUGUCAAGUGUUGUCGAAUGUGUCAAGUGUUGUCGAAUGUGUCAAGUGUUGUCGAAUGUGUCAAGUGUUGUCGAAUGUGUCAAGUGUUGUCGAAUGUGUCAAGUGUUGUCAAAUGUGUCAAGUGUUGUCUAAUGUGUCAAGUGUUGUCUAAUGUGUCAAGUGUUGUCGAAUGUGUCAAGUGUUGUCGUCUCAACUGUUCCUUAAUAAAGCCCCUUAAUAAAAUCAUGUUAUUUUCACUCAACACCAUGCUAAUAUUCCAUUAUGUUAUUUUCACUCAACACCAUGCUAAUAUUCCAUUAUGUUAUUUUCACUCAACACCAUGCUAAUAUUCCAUUAUGUUAUUUUCACUCAACACCAUGCUAAUAUUCCAUUAUGUUAUUUUCACUCAACGCCAUGCUAAUAUUCCAUUAUGUUAUUUUCACUCAACACCAUGCUAAUAUUCCAUUAUGUUAUUUUCACUCAACACCAUGCUAAUAUUCCAUUAUGUUAUUUUCACUCAACACCAUGCUAAUAUUCCAUUAUGUUAUUUUCACUCAACACCAUGCUAAUAUUCCAUUAACUCUCUCGCCAUUUUCAGUUGUAGUUUUUCUUCUCCCCAGAGAGCCUUCUCCAUGGAUUCUUUGAGUUCUACUCUAAGUUUGAUUUUGCAAACAAAUCCAUUUCUAUCACGGAGGGAGCAACAUUUUCUAAAUCGGUUGACUCCCGUCCUGUGUGCAUAGAAAAUCCUCUGUGUGUGAGCCUGAACAUCUGCCAGAACAUCGGAGUCAAACAGUUAGAGAUUUUAACAAGCGCCAUGGCGGAUGCAGCAUUAAAAAUUGAAUCAUUUUCUUCCUCUGCUGAGUGCCCAGAACCUCGACUUAUGUCACUGCUAAGUGAAAAGCCUUUAGCAUCAAAACUGAGUCUGCUGUUUACAAGUUCAUCCAACAGUGAGCGGUCCUUGUCCUUUGAGGAUCUUUUGGGUGAAGAAUCAGAUGAGCGCAACACUCAGGCAAUGGAUUCAGAUAAUGCUGCUUUGGACGGUGAAAUUAAUCAAAUGGGAAGCCAGUCUCUCAAACACUCUGCUUCAACUAAGUCUGACAGUGACAUCACAUCUGUGGAUGAUACUGAUCAGAAAAAUGAACAAAGACCCAGAGAAAUAGAAGCAGAUCUUAGUAAAAUGUUGACUGAAAAGAGCUGAUUGCUUGACACAUGCAGCCUUGUAAAAGAGCUGAUUGCUUGACACAUGCAGCCUUGUAAAAGAGCUGAUUGCUUGACACAUGCAGCCUUGUAAAAAAGCUGAUUGCUUGACACAUGCAGCCUUGUAUUCUGAAAUCUUUUAAAUUCAUUGCUCCUUGAUUUCCUUUGGAAGCCUUAUGAACUAAAUCAAAGGAAAAGUCCUGCAUCCUUUACGUAAGAAUAAAGCGACAUGGAAGUCUCCAAGUACUGGUGUCCUUAGUGUUGGCUGAGAAUUCAUUGUUACCAUUAAGAACUAGUUUUUGGAAUUGUUUGAAAAACAUAUUUGAAUCAUUUGUUCCUUAUACGGAUCAAGAAUAAAUUAGAAUAUCCAGAU